AGUCAUGUGACCGGCAGAUUCCUGCCACGACCAACCAACAACAACCACCGUCCAAGGCAGGUAGACGUGUAAUCGAGUGGGUUCAGGAACUUGCUGGUGCUGGUACCGAGUCGCAUCAGCAGAGAAAGGGUGCCCAUUCACGGAGCCAGCAAUUGCAGGGUGGAUUAACUUCGAGCCCCUGGAUGGAUGACAGUUGACGUCAAUCCUGAUUCGAGAUCCGUGCAGAGUUAUCCACAUUUUAUAUAGCGUUCGGUUUGGGUCGGUCACUCACCCAUCCACCCACCCGUCCAUCAUACCAUCCACGUCGCGAUUACCUACCAUCUAGAUAGCCCAGCCGCCGGGAAAGCCUGGUUAAGACCGGCCUGCAGGUAAUCAGAGACCACCCAUGGCCGAUCAUCAUGGGGCGAGAACGGCCCCGUUCUACACCAUCCCUCCCCGGCGCAUCGUCAGUGUCGAGCACCCGGCCAUUAUCAAAAACCUCGACAAGGCCGUCGACACCCUGCAGGGCGAUGCAGGUUUAGCCAAGAUAUUGAACCCUCCGAAGGCGGACACCCCGGUCAAUCUGCUCCUCCGUCCGGAGGAUGCGAUGUCCAGACCCCUGCAUUCCAUCAGCUCGGCGUCCAACAACAUCCUUCUCAAGGUGACUGUUCCGAAACGAACAGGUCGCAAGCGCAAGAGAGGAUCCAAUGAGCCUUUUAGUGGCGUUGCGGUCACGACGAUCCCGACUGGGCCGCAACGGCGCAGCGCGCGGGAGCUCCUACAGAGUCUUCGCGACAAUGUCGGGAGGUAUCAAGUCGAGCCGGCGGGGUUGAUUGACCGGACGCAUGUAUUUCGAGGAAUGCCCGACUAUGUCUUUUCAACGACCUCCAGCGCAUUCGUCAACCGGUUCCGAGAGCACAUCUUGCCGUUUGACUACGAUAAAAUGAAACAAUUCGACCUCGACAUGAGCAAAGGAGCCAUCGCCAACGUGGACCUCAUCCCACCGCCCUCCUUCAGCCAAGGCGACGUACCGUUCAGCUACAUCUACCGCCAAAACCCCACGGUCCGCCAAUCCAUCGACAACUCGGGCAACAUCACCACAACCAACACGCAAAAGAUCGCGAAAGUCCUCACGCACCUAGUCUCCUACGACGUGGCCAACAUCCCCACCAGCCCCCGAACCAACUGCCCACCAAUCCCCAGUCUCGACAAAAUCCUCCAAGAGACCAUCGCAGCCGUGACCGCGCUGUUCUCACAACGCCCGGCCUGGACGCGGCGAGGACUCCGCAACUCCCUCCCAACAGCAGAACACCGGUACGCGCUCCGCCACGCGAUCCCCUACGUCGGAUACAUCUUCCGCUCCGGGCCCUGGCGCGACGCCAUCAUAAAAUUCGGACACGACCCGCGCACAUCCCCCGAUUACCGGGUAUACCAGACGACGAUGUUCCGGAUCUUGCCGCGCGAGGCGGAGGUGGCGCGGGAUGGGUAUACGGGGCGACGACACGCAUUUAUCCGGUCGAAUGAGGCGCCGCUGCUGUUCAACCAGAACAACAUGAACAUGGACCCGGACUUAAACCCAAACCCAAACCCAAACCCAGACGCAGACCCAACCCUCCCAACAGAUUCCCACCUCUUCACCGGCACCCCGCCCCUUCCACGGGACGGCCGAAUGUGGAUGUUCUGCGACAUCACCGACCCGACCCUCCAACGGAUCCUCUUCCCCGCAUCCCCACCAGACAACUUCGUCCGCGAGACAUGCGAUAUCGUCUCCGACGGGUGGUACGGGAACGGGACGCUGGCGAAGACGAAGACGAUCAUGCGGGCCAAGAUCCUGGCGCUGCUGGACGAUAAGCUGCUGGAUGAUGAGGCGGAGUUUGGGAAUAUUCUCACGUUGCCGGAUUAUGCGACGCCGGAGACUGUGAUGACGGAUUUCUGGCUCGAUCCGGGAACCGCGUCGCAGAGGGAGAUGAUGAUGGCCACUGAGGUUAGGGCGAUGAUUAAGGGGGCGCCCGCGUGGAAGGAGAGGUUUCAGGAUGAUGUGGUGGGGGGUGAGGAGGAGGGGGAUGGGCAGGACGACAGGGAGGACGAGGAGAUGAGUGAGGGUGAAGAGGAGGCGUAUGAGCAGGAGGCGUUGUUGGAGGCGCAGGUUGCUGCGGCGGCGGAGGCGGCGGAUGCCAUGGCUGCGGCUGCGGAGGAGAAUGAGGAGGAUGAGAGUCAGGAUGAGGAUGAGGAAGAUGAGGAUGAAGAAGAGGAUGACGAUGAAGAGCAGUCGGAUGAGGACCAGGAUGGGGAUGCCGCGAUGCUUGGGGCUGGAACGAAAAGGGGAGCUGCAAGCCAACGGCGUUAGCGAUACUAGUACUGCUACUAUUUUUUUUAUUAUCACCACGGAGUACUAAGGUGCUAUUGCUGCUACUUUGACUGCUAGUUGUAACAAAUGCUUGUUCUAAUAAAUUCAUAUUUUUAUGGAUUAAGGACAGGGUAUGUUAUCUAUCUCAUACAGGACAUC